UCCGGACGUGGACGUGUGCGUGGCGAGAGUGAGCAUCGAGCACGUGUCGCGCGAUUUUUGGGAUUUGUGUCGGAGCUUUCGGGCGAAGAUUGGUGUAGCCGUCUGAGGAAUUUUUGGAGGCUGCCGGGGCGUGUGUGCGUUGUGGAAUUUUUCCCUGGGACGACGGGGGACUGCAGUGUCGGGUUCUGGAGGGCGUAGUGGCGCCCCCUAUGCAGUUGUGAAUAAUUCAAGCGUCGAGAACGGACCAAGAGUUCGCUGAAGAGAUAGUUCGGUUUACUGGGGAUGAAGCGAGGAAGCAAGUGUGAGUUGCCCGAGUGACGUUGCGGACACGUACGGACACACACACACAUACACGUCGUUGCACAGUUUGGCUUGGUUGGCUGGUUUGCGGAAAUUUAUGGAAAAAGCGUGCCAGAACUUGGUCCGGGAGGAUUAGGGGGGCCGGCGAAGACCGGAUGCUGAAAUCCAUACCCUUCCGCAUAUUCCCAGGACACACACACACACGGUGUAUCGCGCGUCGACUGGUCGCGACCUGGGGCGGCUGGCUUUACAUGAUUAAUGGUUGUGCAAAUUUGCUCUAAUUACUAAUAAUCGCCCUGAGGUCACACGGCCAGGCGCGCUCCGGCGAAUCCUGGAGCGAACUCCUCUCGAGGGAGCCAUAAAUCAAGGCUGCUCCUAUUAAUCAUCGUGACGCUCCGAAAAAAGGGGUGCACCACCACGAACAAUUCCCCACGACAACAACAAAAAAUCAAAUUCCCAAACACAACAAAGCGGAAACAAACAAAAAGUUCGAGCUUUUACUUAUUCACACACACAAAACACAUUGUGUUUGGUCCCGAAACUCGUGACUCUUUUUCGCACCCAAAAAGUUGGAGCAUCUAAAACCCACACCCAAAAAAAUAAAUAAAAAAAAACCAGUCAUCACAAACCAACGGUUACGGUGAAAUAAAUUUUCAAAUAUUGUCACUAGAGUCCGGAGUACCGCCCGAGGGAGUAAAGCGGAUUAUAGAAUUUUGCACCCCCGCCACCCCGCUGCAACCAAAAUUCCAGACCAAGCGCGCGCUAACGGAUUAAACUCUCGAACGGGAAAUUAUACGCAAAACGAAUCGUGUUGCGCUAGCGAUACAUACCGCGAACGAGGUGAAGGCGGAGAGCGAAAACACGGAGCUUGCAGCGCGACGCGCUGUUGUGUGGAAUUAAUUUUUGAACGAGCUUUCGCGAGUGCCGGUGAGUUUUAGCGAACCCAUCAAUUGGAAAGCUUGAGAGGGCGGUGCUUUUAAAAAUUUGUGCUGAUAAAAAAAAUCUGAAAAAAAGGUGCGAGGGAGAGCGGGUAAAAACAGAGAGAACAAGAUCGCUCACACACCCACACAAGCGUGGGAGCAUCAAUCCGGUUGAGUUGGUUGCGUUCCCCAAACGUGCGGGAAGUGGAAUAAGGGAUUAAACUUGAUAAUACGUGAUUGACAACGUUUAAAUACUGAUAAAAGAGGGGUGUGAGGGUGAAAGCGCGCACUUUUGGUGUGUUAUUUGUUGGAGGCCGUGUUUAUUUGUGUGUGUUUGUACAAACCGUUCCAUUGAGUGAUACGGAAAGUAAGCCGAUAAUUUUGGAUUUUCGAUUCGAUUGGAUUGGACAAAGGAGAAGCGACAAUUUCCCGGACGGUCGCGAAGCGAGGAUUAAAAGAUUGAACCCCCGGAAAUGCACCCAACCACAAUGACGUCCAAAUUCUACCGACACGCAGCCCUAGUGCUGCUCCUCCUCUGCAUCGUCACAAGUCCCACCGAGAGCAGGUACCGCGACAAGGACCCCAAGAAAGCAAAAUCCGCCCAGCUGAACGUGAUCGGCGGCCACAGCAGUAGCGCCAGUUCCAACACACUCCACGGAAUGUCCACCCCGCCGUUGAUGAAUCUCUGCUCGGGAGAUCGCGAAAUGAAGCUCGUGUGUCACUGUUCCCCGGACGACGAGCACGUCAAGGCGCAGAAAGCCAACUGUUGGAUCUUCAGCAAGGAUCUCCCCAGGAAGGACCCCAACUGGUUGGCCUUCCAGACGCAAACCAUGCUGGAGCAGCUGAAGAUCACCGUGCAGAAGAUCGGCAACCUCACCUACAUCCCGUCGGAUGUGAUCGUAACGUUGAAGAACCUGAAAAUGCUCACGGUCGAGUACGGCCAGAUUCCGGACCUGCUGAACUACGCGUUCGGAAACAUGACCGACCUGCGGAACAUUACGCUGCACAAGAACCAGAUCCGGAUCGUGCACCCGUUCGCCUUUGCAAACCAUCCCUUCCUGGAGGAGAUCAACCUGGAGCGGAACGAGCUCAUCGAGCUGGACAAGGAAGCGCUGAUCAAUCUGCCCCAGCUGAAGAAGCUCAAUCUGGACUUUAACAACCUAACCAUGCUGCACGACGAUGUCUUUGUGGAUCUCACCAACCUGGACGAGUUGAAGCUGGAAUCGAACCAGGUUUCGGUGCUCACGAGGGAGAUCUUCAAGGGGUUGGGCAACCUGAGGCUGCUCAACAUGAAGUCGAACAGUAUCAGCUACAUUGGUGAUACGGUGUUUGCGGAGCUGUGGAGCCUGCAGGAGCUGGAUUUGAGCAGCAAUCAUAUUGAGAAACUUUCCGCGCGCGCCUUCGACGGCCUGAACAACCUGCGCCGGCUCAACCUGGAACAGAACCGGCUGGCGCGGCUCGAGCGGGGCAUCUUCACCGGCGUGCCGGCCAUUCUGCGACUCAACCUGAACUCGAACCUGCUCCAGACCAUCACGUACAACAAUUUUCUACCGCUGAUGGACAACUUGGUCAACAGCACCGUGGAGUUGCUGCUUAAAGAAAACAAACUGAUCUGCGACUGCCGGCUCGCGUGGCUGUUCGACCUGGCCAACACCACGAAGAACGACAACCUGCGGCACACCCUGCGCCAGCUCGAGUGUCUGUACGAGCUGAAGGCCGACAACCGCGGUGCCGGCCCCAUCCCGAUCUCCGUCCAGCACCAGCUGAGCGAUCUAUCGCGGCCGCACGACAUCCUCGGGUACGACGACAGCACCGAUUACGGCGGCUUGGACCAUCUGGACCACGGACAGCCGCAGCACGGCGUUGGGUACGGAGUGCAGCCGGUUCACCGGCCGGACCCGUACGCUCCGAAGGCUCCGCUGAAUGCUGCCGGCCAGCAGGUCUUUACGCUGAUGAAGUUACGCAAGCAAGACCUGCUGCCGUGCACCAAGGAGCUGGACGAACCGACCGAGUUGCCCCUGUCGCGGGAAUCCAUCGGCAUCGACAUGGGCUGGCGAUCGUCGGUCGGCGGGGUCACGUCCAGUUCCGCGGGACGACUCCGGAGUUGGGGGUCACAAGGGCUAGUAGUCGUGCUGCUAGUGGUGACGGUUUCUGCGCUAGUUAAGUGUUAGCUUAAAGCUUAAGUAAGUGGUGGUAAUCACAGUGGGAUUACAAAACCCCGAGAAAUACUAGUAGAUUGGUGAGCGAGGAGAGCAGUAAAGUGAGGUAGAUAAACUUUUUUAAACAAUUAAAAACCCCCACUGAAACCCGUCAGAACUUUAAGCAAAUUGCAUCCAAACUUUCCCCAUGAUGAAUUGCUGACAUUGUUGUGUGUUGAUGGUAGGUCUGAUUGAAAUUUGCAUAUUUUGCAUCGAAAGAAUUCCAAUAGGGCAAAUAUCUACAUUUGAAAGUACUUUUUAAACUAUUUUUUAAAGAUUUGAGUGUUUAAUUUGAUAAUAAAUACCUGGUAAUUUUCAAUUUGCAUAACUUCAUCAUAAACACACUUAAUUAUCGCUGGAAAAUUGCUAUCCUGCAACUUGCUACAUCUAUUCCCUUUUUCCUCUCAGAAGUAGCCAUUGUGCAAGCAAAAAAGAGUUUUCCGUAAAACCAAUCAAUUCUUUUGCUCGAACAGCAACAGUUAGUCGAGUCACCACCUUUCCCUCUCCUCUUCACUUCACACACCUGUAAACGGUUCAGUCAUUUGGUAAAUUGGUACCAAAUUGAAGCAUUUGCAUUUCCCAGCAAGCACCUUUGCUAUCGUUCCCUGGCACAGUUAUUCAGGGAAUCGAGGGAAUCGGUACGAUCAUUCAUUGAAGUUUGCUCUUUCUUUUUGCUUCGGUUUGGUUGAUUGAUUGCAGCCCUGAUUGUUUCUCUCAGUGAAGGUGUGGUUCUGGGGUUUGCAUUGAUUUGCGCUGCAGGUUGAGCAUUUGCAAUGAAUUUGAGGGGAUUGACAUUUAUUUGUUCUGAUUGCUGAAGUGAAUAACAGUGAGGCUAAUUAUUAUUGUUCCAAUAUUUUCAACACAAUACAGAAUGGUUUUUUUCAAGUGAAAAUUGCCAAUUUAUACAGAAGCUUUAUUUCAAGCUUCAAAAUUUUAUCACUUUCAGAAAAAAAAACAAUCGAUGCAAAAUCAAUGAAAGUCUAAUAAAAAUUAACCCCGCACCACAAUCACCCCCCGGAGGCCAGCCACCCAGUUUCGACCAUGAAUAUAAAUAAAAUAUUAGCCUAUUAAUGGGUCUUCUUCUUUGAGCGAGAUAGCGGGAAAAAGUGCGAGCAUCAAAUUUUAUUCACCCUCGAGCGAGCACCUAACCUUUCAAGUCUGGCAACACUGCCGGUAAACCAGUCUGGUUUACAAGAAACUGUACAAGAGUGCUGCUGAAUAAAUUUUUUAAAUAUAUUUUUUUCACAUUUUUAAAAAUUGGAAACAUUUGGUUUUCUAGGGUUUAAACCUCCCUUGCAUUUUUGAACAUUCGAUAAAAGACUUGUUUUCAAUAGUUUGCAGCCUGAAAUGGUGAUGGAUUGAAAAUUUGAAGGCGGAAAUUUUUGGGAAAUUUUAAUGUUCUUUUCGAAUCUGCAAUAACCCAGAAGAGUAUUUUUCCAUUUAUAACAUUUUUAUUUUCAUUUUGAAAUUUCGUGUUUUUUAUUUGUUACUUUGCAGUGUUAUUUUUUAGAGUGUAACAUUGUUCUACAAUGUUGACACUUUAAAAAAAAUUGAUAUAAAAACUUAGUGUGUUUGCUUGUAACCAUCAUGAGUUAUAGUGAAAAAACGAAAAAAACUUUUUGGUAAAAGUUGGCCGUGGUCAUGGCCGUUCAAGGUAACUCGCGAUAACCAAAAACGACGAAACAAAGAAAACCAAAAAAGUAACGUUAUCACAACUUUUCUCCUUAAAAUCACGAUAACUCGUGAUGUUUGCAAACAAAUUACUUAUGUUUCAACAUCAAAGUUUUUCUUAUUGUCUCAGUAGAUCAUUGUUACACUCUCAAAAGUAGAAACGCAAAGUCAACAAAAAACUCAAAAUUUUAAAAUGGAAAGUAUUGUUUUAAAUGAAAAUGACAUGUGAGCAAUUCUAUACGAAAUCAGCCGAUUUCGAUUAUUUUUAUUUUUUUGAUUUUUGCCUUUCUUACAAAAGAAAGGUUUAAGGUUUGCUUUUGGAAAAACGCUUUUCUCAGAAAUCUUAAAAAAAUUCCUGCACGGCGAGGAUUCGUCCCAGAAAAAAAUCCUAUUACUAAAUUGAAGGUUUAGAUGCGCUCUUUCGAUUGAAUUUUGGCCCGAAACCCGGUACUCAAAGUCUGAUUUUUGAUAGCUCUUUUUCUGAAAUACAUGAGCGAUGUCUGUAUCCGCUCUUAAAAAUUUGUGUCUUCCAUUAUUGGAAAACCGCUCGUAAAACCCACAAUUUUUAUAAGUCAGAUCUGUAGCCGUGGGGUCGGAGACGAACAUUUUAUUUUUCGAUUCACAAUUUUCGACCAGUAAAUGUGGUCAAAGCCAUUUUAAGAGGUAUUUUUUGGACUAUUUUACAGAUAACACUAUCAAAUUAAAAGAAUUCAGUUUCAAACAAAAAGCCAUUCGAAAACAUGCGCCAUAAACUGCUUGGGCCCAAAAUUUGAAGCUUUUCCAAAAUGUAUUUCCAGAGAUAUAGCCAUUUUAGUGUUUUUCGUCUUAUUUUUACCCUAUUUUUUCCUAUAAAUUUUUGGUUUUAUACAAAAUCAUAUACUAAACAUCAAAUUCGAAGUCCCGGCUCUUUCUCGCUCGAAAGAUCGACAAGUCGUCAAGGCGAAGCAUAAACGUUAGCACAUUUACGCUUGCGCGUUUUACGCUGCGCGUGAAAGUGUGCUUUCUGCCUUCUCAUAAUAGAUCGACAAAGUGCAAUAUCGAUGUAUAUUUUUUUCAAGUUAAUCAUAGACUAACACUAAAGACUGAGUACCCUUUACUUUUUCUAAUAAAGUCAAUCCAAUAAGUUUUUCUUAAUUAAAUAUAAUUAUCUUGCGGCCAAGAAUGUACCUCUGAAAUAAAGAAAUGGCAUUCGAGGUUCAGUCUUAAAAGAUUCGAAACUUUAGGUCAAAUUCUCACUGGGUGGUAUCAUUAGGUUUCUGAAAAAUUAAUUGCACCAAUAUAUGUUUCGGAGUUUCAUCAUUUUGUAAGAAAGGCUCUAUUUCACCUCUGGUGAUAUUAAAUCGGGUUUUUUUAAUGUUCGUUCAUUAGAAGAAAAAAAAAUUAACAGAUAAGAUUUUUUUUAAAUAAACUAAAAAACAGAAUGGAAAAGAAAACAAAAAGACAAAAAAUAAGAAAAGAAAUGAAAUGAAAAAAAGGAAAAAAGGAAAAGAAAAAUUUAAACCAUAACAAAGAAACAAGGAAAAACAGAAAUUUUACACAAAUCGUCAGCUGUGUGCUAUCUUGUGACAUAGACCAUUUUGGUCGAAAAUGAGUUAAUGAUGACGUUUUGCUAUACUUAACAAACACUACAAGAUGCUACAACCCGAUUUUAAAAACUCGCUUCCAAAAAAAAAAUAGAAAAUAAAAAUUAAUUAUUCUUUGCUUAAAGUUGCUUGUUAUUAAAAAAAAACAAAUGGAUUUACCAUGUUUAAAAAUUGUUUUAAUUUCCGAUAUCAAUAUUUAAUUGAAUAUUUCAAAACUUUUAAUAUAAAUUCAAUGCUUCCUUUCGAAACAGUAUCUAGGACUGUUGUUUGCUCGAAAGGCACAAAUCUCCUUAUGUUCAGUUGAGAGGAUAAUAAAAAAGAACGCCCAGGAUGUUUUGUGAGCUCCAACGAUCGUGUGAGGGCGUAAGCGCAAAUAAGGAAGAGCUCCGAGGGAUAAUUCCAAAACCGUUCUGGCUCAUGAAAGAAAACAGUACGAGCAUGUUACACAAGAAGGUGGAAUGUUUGGAGACUUUGAGGGUAAAAUGGCGAAAAGGGGAAGUUGAGAUUUGAGAAAUAUUACAAUAUCAAAAUGUUAAGCUAGACUAGAGAACAAAAAGUCAUUUCAAGAUUCAACAUGUGUGACCCAUUUGACCCCAAAGAGCCCCUCCUAAGGAAAACCAUCUCAGCUUGAGACGGGGCCAAUGAUACACUCUGUACUGUUAUCCAAUGUGUCUUAUUAAGGUUCACAGAGCCGGUAUAGUAACAAUGCCGUAUGCGAACAAGUUUACUGCUCCACCAUAUACAGAAUGGUGAAUUAAUAUUUCAUUAACGAGUGGGAGGUUGUCUUUUGAAGGCACUGUUGUUUGAGGAUAAUCCUGCUUUAAUAUUCUUUAGUUAAGGUUUGUUCAAAUAUUACGUCCAGCGAUUUUCGGGAUUUCAGACCCCCCACCCACCUCUCUGUCACGCACUUUUCCUAAACCUUUAACAUGGGCUGUCACAAAACUCCCCCUAUUCCUGGAUGUAGUUUUUGAACGAACCCUUAGCAAAAACAACAUAUUUUUUAAACUCUAAAAAACUCAAAUUGAUUUUUGGGUUUCACAAUAUAAUAAAAUAAAGUUUUCUACAAUUCGUCGCCGUCGUGCUAACUUGUCGUACGUGCAUUUUGGGCCAAAUUGAGUUAAGAACGCCAUUUUGUGCAGCUCACAAUGCCUCAUCUUUUGACCUUCACAGAUUCCCAAAAUUCGAUUUCAAUCCUGAGAUAUUCUAUAAAAACCAAAAAAGCUCCGCGGAUUUUCGACACUUUUCAUAUGAAAGAAGUUUCAAUCUUGUCGUGCUAUCUUGUCACUCCCUGAAAAUUUAGGUAAGUGCGACAAUUGGCCAAAGGGAUUUCAGGUCAGGAUGCGUUUGACGCACGUACAAGUGAGACUACCGUAAACAUUUGUAAUUAUAACUCGGGACUCCGGCAACCAAAUACAACCAAACUUCGGGGCAAUGCACAGAAUGGUCAACCAAACAAAACGUGUUUUUUAUUGUUUACAUUGCGUGCUCUCGUUUUUGUUUAUUCAAGGUCAAACAUUAAAACGCGUUUUUCUCGGAACUGCGAAAUGGCGGGUGCGACAUGAUAUCACGACAGCGUCGAAUUGCUUUCAAAACGACGCACAAGAAUGCAAAAAUGAAAAUUUUAUCAACCGAUCAAGCAGUCAAUUAAUUGAUCAACCUUAUUGUUUUUCUCAAAAAACUUUUCCUCGCAAACACAGCUUGCAUCGUCAUUUAUUCAAGCAGACCAAGCUUAUCUGACUACCCGGGGCAAAAUUUCACUGAAAAAAAAGAUCGGAUGAAACCAGCAGUAGCAGCUGGAUUAUAAGAAAUUAAAACGCGAAAACCCCAAAAAAAUAGACCAAUAAAGUGGGACACUUUACUGCGUUUCCGAUUCGGGUUCCACCACAAAUUGUGCUGCGGUUGGUCGAUUGUGGACUUCAAGUACUGACGCGAAUUCAAGCGGCGUCCUCUUGAAGGAAAUUGUGCAAAAGUGCGGAGCAUACUCACGAGAGAGAGAGGCUUACUCGACGACAAGUGGUGAAAUGUGAAAUUGGACAGUUCUAGGGUGUUUUUUUAUAUUUUGAGUUGCUGAAGCAAAUUUAAAUCAAUUCAAUUUUUUUUUGGGAUUUUUAAAGCUAUUUCACAUUGGAUUAAUAUUUUUUUUUUUUAUUUUUUUUUAAAAAUAACUGAAAACAAAAAGAUGCUCUUAAAAAAUCAGGUCUUGGCGAUCUCUUUGUCAAAAUUUCUACUUGAACCUGAAUGUUUUAAUGAUUGAAUUGCAUCCACACUUAAAUCUAGGAUUUUGGAGAAAUUGCUAUUAAUUUUAAAAUGGCAUUUAUUUCUGCGAACAUUGAACUAAUGCUGAUAUUUUAUUAAGAGAAAAUAUUCUGUUAAAUCUUUUCUACAUUCUGAUUUGAUCGAUAAAGUUUAUAAACGCUGAAGUAAUUAUUUUUUCCUAAAUCUCUAAGCUAUUCAGUAGAUUUUUGAUUAAAAUUUACAAGUUAAGCAAUUUGAAAUGCUCAAAUUUGUAUUCGAACAAAACUAUAAUGUACGAUGAAUACAAUUAAAAGUUUCUUCAUUUUGUUUUAAAAAUUCAUAUACUAUUGAAAUUAAAAGAAACAGCAGGAAACUGAAAAUAUUAGCUUUAAAACUAUUAAGUGGUGUUCAAAGAUUGACAUCAAUGCUAUUGAGAGUCUUUCAAUAUAAUAUAUAUUGAUAUACAUUAUAAUGAUGAAAUAUUUCGAUUCAGCUCUGAAAAUAGCUCCUCAUUUGCAUGCCGUUUUUAUCCUAAAGUACUUGAAAAGUACUUUUUUAUUGUCGUUGAAAUAUUUGAAAUUGUAUUUUCAAUUCUCAAAAACAAAUUUUACACUACAAUUCGUUACAAAUUCAAUAAAUUAUAUUUAUAACAAGUUAAUUUUUAAACUUGGACCAUUUUGGAACGAUUCUUUCAAAAGACAGGAGUUUUAAUAAAGAACCGUGCAAGCAAAUUUUUAAUUCUUAUGACAUCUAUAUUGCGAGUUAUAGAAAUUAUUUUGUGAAAAUUUUAGUAUUUCAUUCAAAAAUCUCUAAGACAGUGAAGAUGCAUGCAAAAUUUUGAAUUUUUUUAUACCCAUAUGGCGAAUUAUAAAAAUUUGAGUAUUUUCGAGAAUGUUGUGGUUUUUAUGAUGUGGUUUUUUUUUAGUAUUUAUACUUUGGGACCAUCCAUGAACCACGUGGACACUUUUUUGAGAACCUGUAACUAUAUUUUUUAAGAGGAAGCUUGAAAAUUCAAAAAAAAUUGGUUGGAUUUAGUCAAUUUUAGAAAUAUAUUAAAUAUGAGUUAUCGUAUGUUAUUGCCAAUAUAAUUAUCGGCGAUUACGAUAAAGAUAACGAUAACUUAUCGUUAUCGUCACGCCGACAACAUAUCGCUAUACAACUUACGAGCUUAGUGCUGCCACCUAUUGGAAAUUUGAAGAAUCAUUUCAAAAACAACUGCGAUAAAUGAGCCAUCAGCUGGAACUUUUGCAAUUUUAAUACUUUUUUGUAUUCGAAAAAAAACAAAAAAUGUUUUCGAAGAACUUUUUAAGGACUUCCUUAAACAUUCGACAAAAAAACGAAAAGUUGUAAAAUAAAUGUUUGUUUUGCAUUUUUCAACUUUGUUGCUACAGCCAUUGAUCUUGAGAUAUUCAGGACCGCGAUAGGAUGAAAAUCCCUUCAAAACUUCUUUAGGAGCUUGGAAGAGUUCUUGAAGGGAGUUUUAACCUGCCGUGUUCCAAUCUGCUAUGCUGUAGCAAUCCUGGCGAGCUCUUGUAGAAUUCCAGAAUCUUUUCGUUACUUGGGAAAUUUGCGAGUUUGGAGAACUAUCAAACACGAACGAGUGCGAGUUUGUUUGUUUGUCAUAGUCUUAUACCUCCUUCAGUGUUGCCAAACGAGCCCUCAUUUUAUCAUCAUUAAAAAGUGAUUCACUUGAGAAACUUUCUGAUCUCUUUGAAAAACAUAUUUCAAUACAUUUUGUAGUUUAUAGAUCUGUCAUCUUUCAAUCGCUAAUAACACGUCAGGGUUAACUCGGUUCGUUUUGCGGUCUUCGACAAAGUUGUUUGUUGACAGUGAUCCAACACAUUGGUAGAAUUUUGAAAUUCUUGCUUUCCCCAUACAUUUUGCGAAUUUCCCCAUGCAAACUUUAACGGACAAUAGCGACAUUAAACCUUUACUGAAUUGGGUUGAAAAUUAGCACAGUUAUUUAUGUUUACCUGAAGAAUGAAGCCAGGGGGUAUCUUUUAAGAUUUUCACAAAUUUUCAAUUUUUCUUGUCAACCUAUUGCAAAGUAAUUUCAUUUUAAGUCUUUUUAGUUAUGCUGUAGAGUAAGAAUUUCAAAGCUUCAUUUCCAAGAUAAAAAAUAACUCCGACUUGAUUCACAUUACCACCGACAACGAUUAAAACCAUUCCUCACGUUACUCCAACGAUGUGACAACGUGCCAAACUCUUUCUAAUUUGCUCCUACUUUCAACGUGCUCAUUAAGAUUAAAACUUUCAUCGACACUAACAUCCACUUCCGACAUCGGAUAAUCGCCGACAACCCAGUAGUAGUACCAAUUAGUCCACUCGGCAAGGUUCCUCCAUCCAAUUCCACACCGUGGGAAAAACUCUUGAUUUUCCACCCCACAAAGCCUUCUGGGUUUCAGCUUUUCCGAGCACUUCUCAACCACCACGUCGCGGAAACAAACGGACAGACACGGUUGUAAUCGCGAAAAUUGAGCGUAAUUAAAUUAAGAGACUCGCUCACCGCACCGCAGAAGCUGGAUUGGGAAAAGUUUCGAUCGGCUUGUGGCUUGGGUGGCGUUGCGAAGUCUUCCGGGAAAAAUUAUGCUCAUAACGAGAUUAUCGGUUUUUAAUGGUUACCACUUUUGAUUGACGGAAUGCCAAGGAAAAAAAUUACCAAUCAGCACACAACUUUGGCUUCACCUGACCUUAAAAUUCCCAUUUUUCCCUCGAAGGUAAAUAAAUUCCUCUGUAAAUAGUGUAUAAAUGUGAACCUAGAUGUAUAAAACAAUGAUUCUUGAAGAAGCAAAACAACCUUAGAGAAAAAGAUGAUUAUGAUAAAACACUAAACAGAAAAAGACAAAAAAUUAAGGAGAAAAGAUAAAGCUCCCCGUAAUCCUCCCCAAUGUUGCCUCCGAUAUGUAGGGAAAAAUCGAGCUAAAAUGUAAAGCCAUAACACAAAAAACAAGAUAUCCAAGCUGUACUUCAAAACGUGACAGCUGAAAGCAAAAAUAAAACGAAAGAAAAACAGGAUUUAUACAAGUUGUAUUAAUUUCCCAAUCCCCACGCACAUCACAAGAUAAAACAAACACAUUCACAGACAGCAAGUCCCAUGAAUCACACCGUUACUGUACCGCCCUGGAAUUUUGAACUGAUUAAGAUAAACAAAUGGUGGAGCGCAAAGAAAAAAAAGUAAGAUAAAACUGUCAUUUUUCACUCUAUACAUAUAAAGCAACAGUCACAACACAAAAACAAAAACAAACCAAAAAAUGGAAGAAGAAAAAAAAACGUACAUAGCAAAGUAAGGCAAACUAAAGUGUAAAACAUUGGCGAAGAAAAAACAAAAAAAAAGUUGAAAAUACGUGCUUAUUUUUAGAGUGUAAGAAGCUGCGUGAAAUCACACAAAAAGAAGUUGAAAAGCGGGCGAGUAAAAUGACGAGAAAAAUGUCGAAGUUGAGUGGAAAACUGCAAACAAAACAAGAAAAUUACUAAUUGGGAAAAGCGAGUACUAUUAAAAGACGAAGCGAAAGGAUGAAGAGGGAAAAAAACAAAACAGUGUGUAAGUUAAGA